GGCAUUAAAAAGCUAAAAGGUUGCAGCAAGAUUACAGCUUUGGUCCUCUUCUCGUCCGAUUGGCGAAUUGGCUACCAUAGGGUUUUUGUCUCAGUGGAGACGAUGAAGUUUGGGAAGGAUUUUCGGACUCACCUCGACGAGACGAUGCCGGAAUGGCGGGAUAAGUUCCUCAGUUACAAGCCCUUGAAGAAGCUGAUCAAAAACCUUCAACCAGACGGCGAUGAAGGAGCCGACGGCAACCCCUGGUUCGGACUCGAGGAAUGGUUUGUGCGAAUCCUUGAUGAGGAGCUCGAGAAGUUCAAUGAUUUUUACGUGGACAAGGAGGAGGAGUUCGUCAUUCGCUUGCAGGAACUCAAGGAAAGAAUUGAGAGGUUGAGAGCAAAACAAAGAGGAGCGUUUACAUCUGACACUAAGUUUAGUGAGGAAAUGUUGGAGAUCCGUAGGGCAUUUGUGACCAUCCAUGGGGAGAUGGUGCUCUUGAAAAACUAUAGCUCCCUAAACUUUGCAGGCCUUGUAAAGAUACUCAAGAAGUAUGACAAAAGGACUGGAGGCUUACUGAGUCUUCCUUUCACUCGGCGUGCUCUUCAUCAACCCUUCUUCACUACAGAGCCUCUCACGAGGUUAGUCGUGGAGUGCGAAGCCAACCUGGAACUCCUUUUCCCCAUGGAAGCUGAAGUCACUGAUGCAGGCUCGUCUGAAAAGAAGAUUGCAAGAUCAACCAGUAAGAACAAAGACGCUGAAACAUUAUCCCUAAAUGAGGAUACUGACGACAUAUGUCGAAGCACACUAGCUGCAAUGAAAGCAAUACAGGGCCUUCGCCGAGCCAGUUCAACCUACAACCCCCUAUCUAUUGGACAGUUCUUUCAUGAUCAAGAUGAUUGUUCAGCUGCUGUAACAAGCGAGAACUCUGGUGGUUCAAACUGCCAGAGCACUUUACAGAGCAAAGAUGUUGAUCAAGGGAGUGUAAAUUCUGGUGACUAAGUGAUUGAGAUCAUGUCUAUCAUGAUUGCAAUGGCAUUUUCCGUUAGGAUAGCCAUAUUUUUGUGGAAAAUUUGAUUUUAUGCUCAUAGAAUGUAUGCUCUGAGCGAUCAUUUGCUGCUGACAACUGUACAAAUAGAGUUUUUCUCAUAAUAAGUUUGAAAAAAGUUUUAAGGCUGCUUC